AUGCGAUCAUUCGUCGUGGUAUUCGCUUUUACGGUGGGGUUAGUACUGGCCGACGAAUUGACUUCAGCUGCUACAACCACUACGGGUCAUCAUCUCAACAAAGAAUCCAGUACCGUAUCUCCUACUUCCCCGGCUCCUCACAAGCGAGCUGCCACUACCGUAAUCUCCAAAGGUGACCCACAUGCUGCUGAAGAAUAUACUGGACCUAAUACCCCUGCUCCAAAGCCAAAAAGAUCCGCUGAAACUACAGUAGCCCAUACUGAAAGUACCGUAUCUUCCACGACUCCUAGAGUUAAACGAUCGGAACCAACGACUUCUGCUCCAGAAUCCCACGCUCAGACUACUACCGUGAACAGACAUCCAGGAGAAGCCGCCAGUACAACAGCUACACCAAAAGAGAAGCGUCAAGCGGUGUACGGUAGCACAAUCUCAGCAACUUUUACUACUGAGAAGCCAAAACGGAAGAGAAACGCUGAGACUACUACUGUCGCUCCAGAAUCCACCACGGUACACAAAGUGAAGAGAUCUGAAGAAUCCAGCUCCACAACUUCUGCUCCAGAAACCACCACGGUACACAAAGUUAAGAGAUCAGAAGAAACAACUACCACAACUUCUGCUCCAAGAUUCAGACGCUCUGAAGCCGCGACUUCUGAUUCAACCAAUUCGCAACCCACAACUACUGUAGCACACCGUCAACGUCGUGACGCUGAAUCCACUUCCACGACUACGGUAGCACCAAAACAGAAACGUGAAACAGAAUCCAAUUCAACAACUACUGUGGCUCCACGGCAACGUAGGGAGGCAGAAUCUACUUCUACCACUACCGUAACGCCAAGAAAUAGACGUGACGCUACAACUACCGUUGCCCCAGCUAAUUCUACACAUGAAUCCCGACCAAAACGAUCGGAAAGCACUCCAGCACCAGUCCAGGAGCACCUCCACGAAUCAAAACUACCAAAUGCUAGUCCAAUCACAGACGCUCACAUCCAACCACAUCUCGAUGAUGUGACAACAACUGCCCCACAGUAA